AUGAGCGCCGUCAAGAAGCGCGUCGCGGUGAUUGGCGCGGGCCCCUCCGGCUUAAUCACCAUUGACGCGCUGGCGCAGGAAAAGACAUUUGAUGUUAUUCGAGUCUUUGAAAGGCGUGAGGGCCCGGGUGGAUGUUGGAUCGCCGAGGGUAAUAAGCCGACUCCGGGUCUCACGGACUUUGAGACCCUCGCCGCACGGUCGGCGGACCCUCCACUGUCUAUCCCCGGGACCUUGCCGGCGCGGACGGCUCGAUCAGGGCAGCCUCGCUUCAGCGAAUCGUCAGUCUACCCGUACCUAGAAACAAACGUGGACGAUGUAGCCAUGUCAUUCUCACAGGAGCCCAUCCCCGAAGUGCGCAGCGACUGGUCCACGAGUAUGCACGGAGCGGACACGCCAUUCCGCCACUGGACUGUCAUCCGGGACUACCUCGAGAGCCUGGCGGAGCGCAAGGGGUACCGGGAUCUCAUCACUUUUAACACCACGGUGGAGCGGGCGGAAAAGGUCGACGAGGAGUGGAAGCUUACGCUACGGAGAGAGCACAGCCAGGGUGAUGCCGAGGAUGAGUGGUGGGAGGAGCGGUUUGACGCCGUCGUGGUCGCGGGUGGACACUAUUCAGUGCCCUACAUACCGCGGAUAGAAGGCCUGGAAGAUUUUGCUCGGUCAAGACCUGGAAGCGUGAUCCAUAGCAAGCAUUUCCGGGGUCGCGAUGCGUUCCAGGGCAAGCGCGUGGUUAUCGUCGGCGCAUCUGUCUCGGGGGCAGAUAUCGCCGUCGACCUGACCUCGACGGCCAAGCUGCCCGUGUACGCCGUGGUGGUGGGCCGCAACUUCAACGGUUACUUUGGCGACACGGCCUUUCAGCACCCGGGCAUCGACAAGCGGCCAACCAUUUCGAGGGUCGACGCCGCCGCAGCCACGGUGCAUUUUGAGGAUGGAACCUCGGUCGCCGGCGUGGAUCACGUCAUCUUUGGCACGGGUUUCUCGUGGACCCUGCCGUUCCUGCCGGGCGUGCAGACGCGCAAUAAUCGCGUGCCCGAUCUGUACCAGCAUGUCGUCUACCGGCACGACCCGAGCCUCUUGUUCGUCGGUGCCGUGGGUGCGGGCCUGACGUUCAAGAUCUUUGAGUGGCAGGCCGUGCUGGCGGCGCGUGUCCUCAGCGGGCGCGCGAGGCUCCCGCCCGUCGAGGAGCAGGAGAGAUGGGAAGUAGAGAGGAUCAAGGUCAAGGGAGACGGCCCCAAAUUUACCAUGGUGAACCCGGAUUUCGAGGCCUACUUUGAGGAUGUACGCAGAAUAGCUGGUCCAGCAGAGAACGGCAUAGGCAGACAACUGCCCCCUUAUGAUCCGAGCUGGUACGAUAGGUUCAUGGCUGGGCAUGAGAGACGGAAGAAGAUGUGGAGGCGACUCAAUGAACAGGCAGCGGGAGAUGCAGGAGAUCAGCAGUCAAACCCCGUGUCAUUGGACGUGACUGACUCGCGGCUCUGA